AUGAGAAACCAAGUUAUUGAUUACGCGUUAGUCCCACUAGGCCUCUUGAUUAUGGUGGCUUAUCACCUAUGGCUUCUUCUGCAGAUUAUGAACAACCCCAACCGCACCGUCAUCGGCGUCAAUGCAAUCAACCGCCGCCUCUGGGUCCGUGCUAUGAUGGAGGAUGUGUCCAAGAAUGGGGUUUUAGCAAUUCAGACAUUGAGAAACAACAUAAUGGCAUCCGCCCUUUUAGCCUCCACGUCAAUCAUGCUCAGCUCCCUCAUCGCCGUCAUGAUGACAGGCGGCGCCGCCAGGGAUCGCUCCAACGCACUUGUCUUCGGCGACAAGAGCGAUCUGGGCUCGAGCAUAAAGUUCUUCUCGAUACUGGUUUGUGUCCUGGUGGCUUUCUUCUUCAACAUCCAGUCCAUAAGAUACUACAGCCAUGCCAGCAUCCUAGUUAACGUUCCUUACCAGAAAAUAAUGCAGGCCACAUCGGAGGCUCCGAAACGCCGGUACCGUUGUGUGGUGACGUCGGAGGAGUACGUGGGGAUGACAGUGAAUCGAGGGAGCUAUUUUUGGUCUCUGGGGCUCAGAGCAUUUUACUUCUCUUUCCCACUUUUCUUGUGGAUCUUUGGACCAAUUCCGAUGUUCUUGUGUUGCGUUGUCCUGGUCUUCAUGCUUUAUUUUCUGGACUUCACCAUGGAUUUGGGGUUGUUGGCUUUUCCCACAAAUGCCAAGGAUGAAUGCAAUGGGGAUGUGGAUAACAACUUUUAG